UCGGAUAUAUUGACGUCGGUUUCGCGAAAAGAAAAAAAAGUAAUAAAAAAAUAAAUUAAUAUAUAAAAUAAUAAACGAUCGCGACGCGAAUCGGAAUUUCGUCGAUUGGUGCGUAACGAAGAGUUAUAUCGUAUUAUUAUUAUUUUGUACUAUUACGACGUGAAUGAAAAAGGAGCAGAAAAUGUAUAAAACGAGUUUGUGAUAAAAGAAUAUUAUGGCAUCGAUGGUGCAUUCGUUGGGCGUCGAACUUUGAUGUUCACCUGUCGUAUGAUGGAAGAUCAAUACGGUGACGUAUAAAACUCGGCGAUUACUAAGUUGUCAAAUAUCGCUUUUGUGGCUCGAUCAUGGAAUUUUGGACGACGACGACGACGACGACGAUGCGCAGCAGUUGCGACGUACUCGACGCACUGUGACACGCGAUGACGUCGGACAAUAGCGAUCGAUCGGUGGUGGUAAAAUCGUCGCUGGGGCUGCGGUUGGGCGUCGACGACGACGAGGAUGAUCAUCGUCGCGGCCGAUCGCCUCCGCAGCGCAUCGGCGACGUCAGCAUCAGCGACUCGGCCGACAUUCACAUCGGCCACAACAUCACCUACAAGGCACCGGUGAACAUCACCCAGCACGUCUACACCGGCGACGAGAGGAUCGAUGCUGCUGCCUCGUCGUCGCAGGCUCGACGUUUUUCCCUGUUUCGAUUAUCGAUCUGUCACUGGUCGAGACGGAAAAAGGCAUGGAGCAUCGGUCUGGCGGCUCUGACGACGAUCGUCGUCGUCGCCGUGGUGGUCGUUUGCGUCGGUAGCCUCGCGGCGACGACGGGCACCAGCAAAUUUCCUCCCUGGAAUAACGACUCUUGGACGAAUAACAAUGACACCCUGGUGGACGGGCUGCUCGUUCCGCGUGGGAGCUGGGGCGCCCGUGCGCCGUCGCGCGCCUCGCUGCCGCUCCGCGACCGACCGCCCGGCCUGGUGAUAAUCCUGCACACGGCCUCGCAGUGGUGCGAGACGCGCGACCAGUGCUCCGCGUCGGCGCGCAACAUCCAGCAGUACCAGAUGGCCGAGAACGACUACAACGACGUGGCGUACAACUUCAUGCUGGGCGGCGACUCGCUGCUGUACGAGGGCCGCGGCUGGCUGGCCCGCGGGGCCUCAAGCGGCUACGAGUACAACGCCAAGAGCCUCGCCGUCGCGUUCCUCGGCAAUUACGAGCUCGACCGGCCGAAGCCCGAGCAGUUGGCGGCUCUGGAGGCGUUUCUCGAGGUGGGCACGAGGAGGGGAUUGCUGAGGCCGGAUUACAAGCUGCUGGGUCACAGGCAGGUCAGCUCGACCGAGAGCCCCGGCAGGCAUCUGUACGAGGCGAUCAAGAAGUUGAAGCACUGGUCGCCGUCGCCCUGAUAUCGUAUGCUAUAGGCGAUGCACUACUACUGCUCGACGUUGUAAAAACUUUUUCUCAAUUUUAUUUCUCGAAUUAAUCAGGUAUCGACUAAGAAUUUCGAAUUUAAUAGGUUUUCAUAUCUUUUGUAAGUAGAUGUUCUUAAAGAGAGAAGAAUUGUUACCGAAGAAUUGUUACGCGUUACCGCGUAAUGCUGGAAUUUCAGAAGACGAAGAAAAAAUCAUCGAUACAUCGAACCAGACCAAUAAAUC